AUGUCGGGACCUUCGAGUUCCCCUGCAAAGCCGGAGAAGACCAUGUCUUCCCGUCUGUUGACCAUGAAGUUCAUGCAGCGCGCUGCUGCUACUGCAGCGACUAAAGAACCACAGAGCCCAGCUGCUUCAGACGGCAAGCACACACCAAAACGACCCAGGCUUUCUACUGAGCUUGCCAGUCCCUCGACUCCCCAGUCUGAUCUGGAAGCUAUUUCCGUGGCGCUUGCGGCCGAAGAAGAGAAGCGACGAGAGGCCAUUGCGCGGCAAGCAGCAGAGGCGGGCGAGUCAGAAUGGGUGCUGGACGUCCCUGCUGCGAGCUACACUCCGCAGCCAAUCGUUCUCUCGGCGGACUCGCUGGAUGCGGAGGGUGAUAUUCCCCAGGGUGGUCGUCGCGCAUACGGAAACUUCAUGCGCAAGAAGCCUGUUGUGCCCGUCCUUGAGAACAAACCCGAGACGAAGCCAGAGGAUGAGGAAGAUGAGGAAGAGAAGAGAUUGAAGCGUAUUAUGAACCAGAACCCAGCUGACCCCGAGGCCGUCGCCGCAUAUUAUGCGAGAUUGAAGCAAAAGGGCCUGGAAAGGGCAGAGCGUCAGAAGGCUGCUCAAGCUAAGGCCGAAGCGAAGAAGCUCUAUAAUAUGAACAGCAUUUCGGGCGGCGGCUCGCGCGGAGCUUCAUCCCCGAGAAUGGGAGCUCCUUCGAUGAAAAAGAAAAAGCGUAAGCACUAG